AUGGGAACUUCAGCCUGUGUGGUUCUACUCUUACUUUCUUUUCUUCUGUUUUCAAUUCCAAUGGCAACCUCGAAUCCAAUCAAUGAGACGUUCCUCCAAUGUCUGUCCUCCAAUUCCGACCCCUCCAUUCCAAUCUCCAAACUCGUCUACAGCCCAAACAAUUCCUCCUAUUUAGCUAUCUACAAUUCUUCUAUACAGAACCUGAGAUUCUUGUCAUCCGACACACCGAAGCCUCAGUUUAUAAUUACACCGUCGGAUGCUUCCCAUGUCAAAGCAGCUGUUAUUUGUUCUAGAGUACAUGGACUGCAGAUCCGAGUUCGAAGUGGUGGCCAUGACUAUGAGGGUCUCUCUUAUGUAUCGAAAAUCCCAUUCAUCAUCAUUGAUGUAUCCAAUCUCCGUGCAAUCAGUAUCAAUAUAAGUGACAACAGUGCAUGGGUUCAGGCCGGUGCAACUAUAGGUGAAGUUUACUAUAGAAUUGCAGAGAAAAGCAGAAUUCAUGGCUUCCCAGCUGGGUUAUGUCUAACCCUAGGCGUUGGUGGACACUUCAGUGGAGGUGGGUAUGGUACCUUGAUGAGAAAGUAUGGCCUUGCUGCUGAUAACAUUAUAGAUGCUGUUUUGGUCGAUGUUAAUGGAAGGAUUCUUAACAGAGAAUCCAUGGGAGAAGAUCUGUUUUGGGCCAUCAGAGGAGGUGGAGGAGCAAGCUUUGGGGUUAUCCUCUCAUGGAAAAUCAGACUGGUUCCUGUACCACCUACUGUGACUGUUUUCAGACUAGUCAGGACCUUAGAAGAAGGUGCAAUUGAUCUUGUCCACAGGUGGCAAGAAAUCGCUAGUAAUCUUCAUGAGGAUCUUUUUGUAAGAGUAAUCCUAGGUUUCGACAAAAACAAAACAAUGAACCCUUUGUUCAUCUCAUUGUUCCUUGGUGGUGCGGACAAGCUGCUGCCGCUGAUGAAUGAGAGCUUCCCCGAGUUGGGUUUGGAGCGUAAAGACUGUAUGGAAAUGAGUUGGAUCGAGUCUAUGCUUUAUUUUGGAGGCCAGGAAAACAAAAGUCUAGAGGUUUUACUCGACAGGAAUAUUCAGGACAGAAGAAUCUACAAAGCAAAAUCUGACUAUGUGAAGGAACCCAUUCCAAAAAGUGUUUUGGAAAGUGUCUUGAUGAAAAGCUUUUACGAAGUGGAGCAACCUGUGAUGAUCUUAAGUCCCUAUGGUGGAAGGAUGAGUGAAAUUGCAGAGUCUGAAAUUCCUUUUCCACAUAGAAAAGGGAACCUGUAUAAGAUUCAGUACCUGGUCUACUGGAAGGAAAGCGGGACUGAAGCAUCCAUCCAACAUAUUGGUUGGAUGAGAAGGUUGUAUAGCUACAUGACUCCUUAUGUUUCCAAGUCCCCAAGGGAAGCAUAUCUGAGCUACAGGGAUCUGGAUUUGGGCAGAAACAAUAUUGGCAAUACAAGCUAUGAACAGGCUAGUGUUUGGGGUCUCAAGUAUUUCAAGAAUAAUUUCGAACGACUAGUGCAAGUGAAAACCAAGGUUGAUCCAAAUAAUUUCUUCAGAGAUGAGCAAAGCAUUCCAGCUACUACAUGA